AUGAUUGAUGGUAUAUCCAUUUUCACCAAAGGGGGUAUAGUACUAUGGAGUACUACCUAUGCUGGUGUACAGGAGGAUACACUUAAUAAGCGUGUUGAUAAAUUGGUUAAGGAAGUCCUUAUUGAGGAUAGAGCAGGAGUAGACUGUAUAUAUGAGGAUAAGAUAGAGCGGUACUGCAUGAAAUGGAAGAAUAUAAAUAAUAUAGGAUUGGUAUUGGUAAUAGCAUAUGAAGGGGUAUUAAAGCAGCUCUACCUUAACUACUUAUUGGAUAUGUUAACUAAGGAGUUUUUAUCGGCUAUUGAUAGUAGUAUUAAGAGUAUGGAGGAUUUACAUCCAUUACAGAAUAAGGAGGCCUUCAAGGUACGGGUUGAUAAGAUAUUGGUUAAGGCUGAUAGAGAGGUUAAGUCAGCAGCACAAAGGAAAGGGAAGAAGAAGGAUAAUAAUAAACUAGGGGAGGAAGGGGUCCAUGAUACACAGGAGGAGGAAGGUGAAGGGGAGAAGGAGGAGAAAGCUAGUAAAGAAGAAUUGAUUAUGGAGGCUAGGAGGAAGUUGAAGAUGGGUAUGUUAAGAAAAGGAUCACGCCCUUUUAAGGGUAAUAAGGUGUCUAGUGAAGAAGAGGAGGAGAAUGAUGAUGAUAAGGGGGAAGGGAAGACUCACAAUAAGAAGGGUAAUAAGAAGAAGAGUGGUAGAGUAUGGGAUACUAGUAAGGUUACUACUGAGGCUAUGAAUGCCUUGGAUAUGUCUAAAAGAAUAGAGGGUGGUACUAGUAGUGAAGAGGAGGAAGGGUUAGAGGCAGCUAGGAGGACUUAUCUACCAUCAGAUGAUGAUGAUAGUGUAAUAGUUGAUGAUGAUGAUCUAGAGGAUAAGGCUACUACUAAUGGUAUAUUUGCUACUCUUACUAGACAAUUAAAGAAUAUAACAGGAAAUCAAGUCCUUACCAAUAGAGAUCUAGAACCUGUAUUGGCUACCUUUUGUGAACAAUUAAUGUCUAAGAAUGUAGCUAUGGAUGUAGCUAAUGCUAUAGCAGAUGGUGUUAGCUCAUCUUUAGUUGGUACUCGUACUGGACAGUUUACUUCGGUACAUACUACGGUUAAGGAUGCAUUAACUCAAUCAAUAUCACGUAUCCUUACUCCUAAGAAAUCAGUAGAUGUAUUAAGAGCAGCUAUGCAAGCUAAGGCUAAUGGACAGGUGUAUAGUAUAGUAUUCUUAGGAGUAAAUGGUGUUGGUAAGAGUACUAACCUAUCUAAGGUUGCGUACUACCUCCGUAAGAAGGGUGGUCUAAGAGUAUUAAUAUGUGCAUGUGAUACCUUCCGUGCUGGAGCUGUGGAACAAUUGAGGACUCAUGCUAGAUGCCUGAAUGUUGAUCUAUUUGAGAAGGGUUAUGGUAAGGAUGCUGCUGAGAUAGCUAAACAAGGAUUAUAUUAUGCUAAACACAAUGCAUAUGAUGUUGUACUUAUUGAUACUGCUGGUAGAAUGCAAGAUAAUGAACCAUUAAUGAAGUCCUUGGCAAGACUAGUAGCAGUUAAUAACCCUGAUCUAAUACUCUUUGUAGGAGAGGCAUUAGUAGGAUAUGAUGCUAUCGAUCAACUUACCAAGUUUGAUAGAGCAUUGAUGGAUUAUUCAUUGAGUAAUAAGGAUAGUAGUAAUGGUAUUGAUGGUAUAUUAUUAACUAAAUAUGAUACUGUUGAUGAUAAGGUAGGAGCUGCAUUAAGUAUGGUAUACAUAACUGGAGAACCAAUAGUCUUUGUUGGUACUGGACAAAAGCGGCGGCCUAAGCAGCAGCAGCACCCACCUAAGAAGGCUGAAGUAGUAGGGAAGAAGAGGAAGGCUAGGUUACAGAGGCUCAUACAAGAGGGUAAGGUAUCAAAAUCAGAGUUAUCAUCAGAUGACCUUCAGAAUGCUAAGAAAAUACCGGGUCUACAGUGGUCAUGUGAAGGGGUUAUGGAUGAGGCUGAGAUGAGGAGUAAAUUCCUAAAGCAAGGUGUUCAUAAUAAGCACAUACCUUAUGAUGGCCGGUAUACCCCAGAGUGCUCUCCUUGUGAUAUAAUAUCUAGUGCUUAUUCUAUGUGGGAUGAGGUAACCUUUAAUAAAGCAUAUGAUACCAUACUCAGUAUAUUCACCAACAAGAAGAGCAUCAGCAGCAUCAGGAGGAGGCCGGCGCCGCCAAUACUCCACAAUACUACUCCAUCAACUCCUAGGACAGUUGAGACAAGCAGUGAUGGUAUAGGAGAGGAAGCUAUAGGGUAUGAUUAUUCAUUCGAAUUGAAUGACUAUGAUGAUGAUGAAUUUUGUAUGAUACCCAUUUCAUCAUCAUCAUCAUCACCACCUCAAGAGGAGGGUGUAGUAGUAUAUGGUAUACAGAUACCUAAUAGAGAUCAUGCUGUAUUGGUGCGUAAGAUCAUAUUAUUAUCAGCUAUUGGUGCACUCUUUGUUAUUAUCAACUCAAUUAAUCCUAUUACUGGUUAUAAGGAGGAAUAUGCUAUAUCAGAUAAGGAUAUGUCCAUAUCAUGUGAUGAUAUUAAUAACAUUACUGGACCUACUACGCUCGAUUCCCCUCUACUAAUCCUUAUCAUACUACCUAUCAUAUCUAUUAUAUUCAAUACAGCUAGCUUCUAUUAUGGUUACAAACUAUGGUAUAUGGGUCCAUAA